UUCCCCGCACCUCUCGAUAAGCUCGUGGCCAAUCGACGACUUCAGCAGCGACCAAUGACACGGGUCUCCAUACAGCAUCGCACCCACGUGUAAAACGGGACUUCAGGUGUCCACGCUCUAAAAGUCUUCCUACUCCUCGCUUCGAAGCGUCGACACUCCUAUCCAAGACAACCAUGCCGACACCCUCGGUCCACUCCACGCACCUCUCCUCCAAACACACCUUCUCCAAAACCUAUACACCUACCAUCACUCUCCUCCCAGGCCUGGGCGUGCAGAACGACUGCCACUCCGGCCAAACAACACGACACCAAUCUCAGGCUUCUACCAACCCCUCGGCCCCCAAUCUACGACAGGUGCACCUCAUACCGUACGAGCUCUUCCGCGACCUGUCUUCCCAAAACAUUACCAUCCAACCAGGCGAGCUCGGCGAAAACAUCACCACGUACGGCAUAGAUUUGGUCUCCUUAUCCAAGGGUAGUUACCUGUAUUUUGGGCAGGGCGACGAUGUGCCAAUCGUGCAGGUCACAGGGUUGAGGUGGCCGGGACCGGGGAUUGAGAAGCAUAGCAAGGGCCUAAAGGAGAAGGUGCUUGUUAAGGCGAGGGAUGGGAAGGUGGUGAGUAAGGUGGGCAUUAUGGGUGUUGUUGUUAAGGGUGGAGAGGUGAGUACUGGUGAUUUGAUCAGGGUCGUGGAGCCGCAGGGAACGAGGGUUGCUUUAGAACCGGUCUAAUGAUGAGUCAAGGGAACGAGGGAGCAGAAGAGUUGUAAUGGCUCCUCCAUUCAUGUACAAGCUGAGCAAUGCUUAUUAAUUUCUAUAAGAUUUUCCGUACCUCAUACAGUUCGAACGCCGCCGAUGACCACUAAUACAUACUCUUAUAGUUGUUCGAUACCCUCAACAAGCUUAUCUAGACUUGGCUCAUCAUCUUGAAGCAGGCCUCUGAUCAUGCGGGA